GCUGCUCCUCAGGUCCUCCAUUCCUUCCAAAAUAAAAGCGGGAGCGCUGAGCCAGACGGCGGCCCACUCGUUCUCGCUCUCCCUCCCCAGUCACCACCAUCACGAGCUCGCGUGUGCCCCUCGCGCUCCGCCGCCACCACCUUCUACUACCAUACCGCUGCGUCGCCGCCCGGACCACGCCCGCCACCAAGGCCUCUCCUCCGCCUCGUCCCCAUCACGGGCGCGGCCCCUCGACCUCGGUGGCCGGCCGGUUCGACACCGCACCGUGACCCUCGGCUACGGAGUUGGUGCAGGAAGAAGACGGAGUGGUGGACUGGGCCAUAGAACCAUGUCAAGUUCCAUAAUUUCAACAGUGGCCACAGAGUUGUCGGUGGCUGAGAAGAGCAGGGGUAUUGAGCCACUACCUUUUAUUAAUGACAAACAUGGAGGUGUCAUCAUUGAGAUGACGACUCCGAUGGAUCCUGGAGCGUUUUCAGCUUCCUUGAAAGCAGCUCUGGUGAAAUGGAGGGAGCAGGGAAUAAGAGGUGUCUGGAUCAAACUGCCCAUCACCCUUUCCAACCUUAUUCCACCAGUUGUAGAGGAAGGUUUCUGGUACCAUCAUGCAGAGGAAACUUACUUGAUGCUUGCGUACUGGCUUCCAAAUACAACACAUACACUACCAGUAAACGCAACCCACCGUGUUAGUGUUGGAGCUUUUAUAAUGAAUGACAAAAGAGAGGUCUUGGCUGUACAAGAAAAGAGUGGUGUACUUCGAGGCCUAGGUGUGUGGAAAUUUCCAACUGGCGUAGUAGAACCGGGGGAAGAUAUUAACGUUGGAGCCGUCCGAGAAGUAAAAGAAGAGACAGGGAUUGAUGCAGAAUUUGUUGAAGUGCUGGCCUUCAGGCAGAGCCACAAAUCCUUUUUUGAUAAAUCAGAUCUAUUUUUCGUGUGCCUGCUACGACCCCUUUCAUACGACAUUACGAAGCAAGACUCGGAAAUAGAGGCAUGCCAGUGGAUGCCAGUAGAGGAAUUUGCAGCACAACCAUUUGUCCAGAAACAUGAGCUUGUGAAGUACAUCCUCGAAGUCGGCCUGGCUAAAGUUGACAAGGAAUAUGCAGGCUUUUCGCCAAUCUCCAUAAAAUCGGCAUUUACAGACAAAUUGUCCUUAUUUUACAUGAACCGGAGGGAUCUGGACAGGGCCUCAGGGUAGAGUAUAUAUGUAAUGACACGGGCAAUUCAGGAUAGUUAAAUUUUCACUUUGGUGUGUGACAGCGGGCUAAAUCUUGUUAGACCUAGGGUCUGUUUGGUUGGGCUGUGGCUGUCAAAAAAGUUGCUGUGGGCUGUGAGCUGUGGAAAAAGCUGCUGUAGGCUGUGAGCCAUUAAAAAGCUAAAAAUCGUUUGGUAG